AUGGCCUUCAGGAACGGGUCCUUUGCGACCUUCCUGAUCGUUUGUCGUAAGCCACCCCCCAUCCACCUCCUGGAACACUUCCUCUUCAGAACAACUAUUCUAACAAGACUCCCCAAAACAGCCGUCAGCUUCUUCCUGGGCAUCAUCUUCUCCCUCUUCCCCUAUGACUACCCCAUCCUGUGGUCCACGGCCCCUACCCCCCCAGCCCACUACGACUACCUCGAAGCGCACCUGCGCUUCCUGCACGCCUCGCCGCCCCUAAUCCCUCGCAUCCUCCACAUCGUCAUCUUUUUGGGUCUGGCCGGCCUCGUCUCGAAACUCUACCGGCCCUCGGAGAGCAACAUGCUCUUCGACGGCGCCUCGCUCGUCCUCUACAUGUGCGGCAUCACCGUCUACAUCGCCAAUAUCGUCAAGGGUCUGCGUCUGGCCUCGGCGGGCAAGUACGGUGAGGAGCUGGCGACCAGCCCCGAGGAGAAAGACCAGAUUCUGAACCGCGAGGAUUCGCUCAAGGUGCUGUCGGCUAGUAAUACCAUUCUGGCGUUGGUGUUGGUGGGGGUGUUGGUGUUGCAGGCGGGGCAGUGGUAUGCGGAGCGGAAGGAUGCGCAGGAGUAUGAGUCGUUGAGGAAGGGGCAUAAGGAGGGUGGUGGUGGUGGUGCUUCUUCUUCGUCGGCGUCGGGGGCGGCGGCGGCGGCGAAGCCUGGCAGGCAAGGGAGUGUGAAGAAGAAGAGUAACUAG